GGUUUUGGUAGGUUUGACCACUGUUCAUUGGGGCUCCAUUCUUCUUUCACUCUCUUUCUUCUCUCUGAUUCUAGUAUUCCUUUCACCUUUUCGCUAACCCUCUCUUCCAAAUCUCUCUCUCUCUCUCUUUGACACACUUCUCUCUGCUUUUUUCUCGUUUGCUUUCUUUGACUUGUUAAGGGAUUUUUGGGGGAGUUUCAUCUCAUCAAAUCAAGGACACAGCUUCCCAUUUCGCCAUUUUUGUGUAUAUUCGUGUCAUCCUGAGUGAAACUUUGCAUGAACGGAUUUUUUUUUGUUUUUCUGCAGAAAGUUAGAAGACUUCUUCAGUUUUGAAGUAUUAUAUGUGGUAAGAUGGGGUGUUUCACAGUCUUGAAGAGCAAGAAGAAAAAGCCUGAGCCAUCAGUUUCUAUCAAACGUGUCAGUCCUAAGGAGCAAACACCAACCACACUACCUGAGCCCCAGAUCCCAACUCGGACGUUGCAGUCAGCCCCCCCUAGUUUUAGGACAAGAGUGAAACCCGUUCAACCAGAUAACAGGGUAACUAACAGUAGAGCACGAGCAUUGUCAGCUCCAGAAAGCCUUGAUGCUGCAGAACAAGAUGAUCUUGCAGCAGUGGAAUAUGAUGUGCAUGAAGAGUCAAAGAGCAGAGUUGGUUUGACAAGGGACCACCCGAGUCCACAGCCUCUUCCUCUUCCUGCUUCUGCACUGAAGCCUACUAGUAGUUUUAAGGCUGGAAAUGGCAGUGGUCCUCUCUUUGCUUCUGGGCCAUUGCCACUGCCUCCUGGUGGAACACACAGUGGAACUCUAAGGAACUUUUCUUAUGAAGAAAUUGUAUCUGCUUGCCGCAGUUUCUCUUCAGAUCGAUGUGUGUCAGAAGGUCUUUCUUCCACUAUAUACAGGGCUUCUUUUGGGGAUGAUGCUUCAAGUUCAAAGAAGUAUGAAGCUAAUGUUACUCGCCUUCAUUCAUCUUCACAGGGUUUGAAGGAAUUUAUAAACGAGGUUAACACGCUUGCAUCCUUACGACAUCCAAACCUAUGUAAAUUGCUUGGAUACCAUGCACGUGAUGGGUCAGAGCAAAGGAUGUUAGUUUACGAGAGGCUUUAUCAUGGAAGCUUAGAUCGGCUUUUGUUUGGGAGAUCAGAUGGGCCUCCAGUUGAUUGGAAUACAAGAAUGAAAACUGCUUUAUGUGCUGCACAAGGUCUUACUUUCUUGCAUGAAGAAGGACCUUUCCAGGCAAUGUACAAUGAAUUCUCUACUAGCAACAUACAGAUCGAUAAAGAUUUUAGCGCAAAGCUGUCAGGAUAUGGUUGUGUUGGUCAAAUUCCUGAGACAGAGAUCUCUAAUAGUACAGUGGCUGUGGCAAAUCUCUCUUUGGAGACGCUGGAGAGAGGGCUGUUGACUCCAAAGAGCAAUGUAUGGAGUUUUGGAAUUGUUCUUCUUGAACUACUUACUGGUCGGAAGAAUCUUGAUAAUCGCCAUCCCAAGGAAGAGAGGAAUUUAGUUAAGUGGAGCCGGCCUUUCCUUGCUGAUGACUGUCGAUUGUCACUGAUUAUGGAUCCUCAGCUUAAAGGUCGUUUCCCAGUGAAGGCAGCCCGGACAGUGGCUGACAUCGCUCUCAGAUGCCUUCAGAAGGAUCCAUUGGAAAGGCCGACUAUGAGGACUAUUGUAGAACAUCUUAAAGUAAUACAAGACAUGAAAUGUUCAACUCGCUUCCCAUUGCAAGAGCCAGCAGCAGUCGCUGGGAAACAGAUGUCUAGGUCACCGAGUCUUAAUGGGAUCGUUACCCCAGCACCCAGGUUAAGUUUCUCACCAUCACCACCAUCAAUGGCCAGGCCAUCCGUUUCCCCCACGAGACCGCCUGCUUUGCCCAUGUCUCUUCCUCCACGUGCCUGUUCCUCAACCCUAUCAUUGGAGGAACUGGAACGGCAGGAAAGCCGGAAAUCAUCAUCUUCAGCUGUAAGAAGGGCUAGUGUUGAAGGAUUUUGAUUGUUGAUAUGCAUUUUUUCAAUUUUUUUUUCCAAUGUCUUUUGUUGAUUUAAUAGAAUAUAGAAAUAUAUAUAUAAAUUAUGUGGUUCUUCCACCUUCCAAUCUCUCAAGGUGACAGAGAGGAUGGUAUUUUGUAGAUAAAGAGUACAAGCCUGGUUCACAACUGGGCUCAUUAGUUAAUCCUGUAAUCCACAGUGCCAUUUAUAUGAUGAUAGUUUUAAAGAUUCCCAAAUC